AUGACCACCAACACCACAUCACAUCACGUCUCACACCCAGUCACUCCUACAUGGCUGGAGGAUCCCGCCCUGCCCUCGCCCCCGGAUCCCCUCAAGCAGACCAACACCUCCCCGACCGCACCCAACCACUCCAUCGCCCCCUCCGACAUUGCAAAGAACCCAAAGACCCCCUUUCAAUCCCCCGCAUCCAUCCCGCUCCAGCCAAACCCCCAAGAACCACACGAACAUGGCUCCUCCGUUUCCACCAGCUACAACAAUCGCCCCUCUCCUUCCCCCCCGCUACUUUCUAACCAUCUACAACCUUCUAACCCGUUCUCCCACCUCACCCCACCCUUACCCACUCAUCCGCAGCCCUACCACGACCGCACCCCCACCGCUGCCCGUCUUCGAACCGCUCCAGAUCCAAAGCAACCCUCCCGCACUGCUGCAUUUCUCAAUCCUGCAAUAUCCUCCGCCCUCCAACCGGAAACUCUACCACCGAGUCAGUUCUCGCACCACAAUCAGACCCGCGAGUACCGCCCGAGCAAUGCCGCCAAUCGCUUCUCGAGUCUGCUCACCGUCAGCAACCAGGAGACCGCCCAGUAUCCAAGAGUCAUUCCGUCCCUCGCCCAUCCCGCCCAUUCUGAGCCGCUCCUACCCCCGAUGCUCACAGCCUCCGCCGCUCCCGUUUCUACCUCGGUGCCUACCCACCACCACAAAGGCGAUCCCGUCUCUUCCUAUCCCGCCCUCCGGGACAAUCACCCGCUCCAUAACUUCAACUACACUUCCACAGCCCUCCGUCCGCACCCGUACGAGCCUUCACAUCCUCAGGUUAAGUUGUUCGACGGCAUGGCUCAGAUACGGAAGCAGGACAAAUAUUUUCGGCAUUCGCAUGCCCAGGGCGACAGUUUGAAGCGGAAAAUGAGCACCGCUUCUCAUCAGAGGCACGGUCGGGUAUAUCCACAGUGGCAGGACCGUGUGCAGCAUUCAAGCCUCUCGCAUCCUGAAGUGAACGCAACGGCCAGUUACCCAUCGCAGGUGAUGAAUUAUCGCCAGCACUCAGUCAGACCCGGCCCUCCAGGCAACGAGCCAAGCCAAUUUUUGGACCACGCGAGCGAGUUGGUCAUGCCGUCUCGAGCAAUUCCACAUGAAAAAAGUCACGACAAUCGCUCAGCUUCGAUUCCUUUUAUCGCAAUGGAAGGGAGCUGGGACUCGAUAGUCAAUGCGGCCCAAUCUUUGGAAGAAGAUGGCAAUUCGGUGGAGAGAGCGCGGUUCUUCGACACUUAUGAGAGGCUUAUCAAGGAGUACGAGGCGAGGUGUGCGGUGAUUUACGACACGGCUGAUUCUUCGUGUUCCACGCACAUCAUCAAUAGCCGGAUUCCGUACCUAGUAGACUCGAUCACGGCCCCUGUCGAAGAUGAAACACCGGAAGAUGUGCAACAGAAAUUGGUUGUGAAGCAGAAGUUUGUAGAAGCCAUGGAGAAGCUUCAAGCCGAUCAGAUGCCCACUAAAAGAAGGGGAAAUUUACCAAAAGAGAGCACAGCGUACUUGAAGAAAUGGUUUGAGAACCACUACGACCACCCAUGUAAGUUUUGCAAAAAAUCACGCGCAUCGUGCAGCGCAGUUAUCGGUUGA